UAAAAUAUUUUUUUUAAAUGUGUUCCACCAUUCUAUGGCAUUGUUUCCAGCCACCGGUGGCAUUUUGGAGCUAGAGCAGGCAGUGCAGGAUCUUGAGCAGCACCAGCGCGAUGCAAAUCCUUCCACAUACGCGCUUAUGCUGGAUUGGUGCGUCAGGUUGGGUGCUCUGGAAGCGGGCAAACGAAUCCAUCGCCAUUCCGUGGAGUGUGGAAUGGGCAAGAACAGGUUUGUGGAAAAUCUCCUCAUCAACAUGUAUGGGAAGUGUGGUGCUCUGGAGGAGGCCCGGAAAAUUCUUGACGGGAUGGAGGAUUCUAAUGUUUUCUCCUGGACAAUCAUGCUCGCAGCUUAUGCCCAGAAUGGGUAUCUCGACGAUGGUCUUGAGUGCUUUUGCAAGAUGGAGCUUGAGGGGGUGAGAGCCAACCGUGUGACAAUCAUCAGCGCACUGGGUUGUUGCAAGAGCUUCUCUCGAGGGCAGUGGUUUCAUUCUCGGAUCAAACAGGAGGGAUUUUUUCCGGAUGACGUGAUGAUCCAGAAUGCUCUCGUCAGUCUCUACGGCCGAUGCUGCGAGGUGGAUCAAGCGAGAUCUGUCUUUGAUGAGAUUUGUAACAAAGAUUUGGUGUCCUGGACUGCCAUGAUCUCGGCUUUCGUCCAGAACGGGCAUCCGGAUCGUGCGAUGGUGUGCUUUUGGAGCAUGCAAGCUGAUGGGGUCAGGCCUUGCCGUGUGACUUUUAUCACCAUUCUCGAGGCUGUGAUGGAGACGAGGGAUGCGAGAGUUUGCGAGGAAAUCCACCUCCAGAUCAUCGAGACCGGAUUAGAGAAAGACGACAAGCUCCUCAACUUGCUCGUAAGAUCUUAUGGAAAGUGUGGGGACAUGGAAAAGAUGAAAGAAAGUUUUGAAAAGCUGGACGAAAAAAACGUUGUCUCGUGGUCCGGAACGAUAGCAGCGUUUUCUCAGAACGGAUACUUCUGGGAGGCGAUCAGGCAGCUCCAGAAAAUGGAUCUGGAAGGAGUCGAGGCGAACGAGGAUCGAAGUUCAUAAUCACAAUCACCGAUCGCGUUCUAGGAAAUGGUUUCCAUCAUCAUCCGGUGGUGGCGACUGCGCUUGUCAACUUGUUUGGCAAGUUGGGAAG